GAUGCAUCUAGACAAACUUGGUCGGCAAUUGCGAUGGAGCGUCCAUUUGAGUAGGACAUUUGGGUACCAGAUACCUGCCCCGCCGCCUCUCAGGCAACAGCCCCGUAUCACGACGUUUUCGGAUACGGCGCGUCCCCGGCCUUAUCUUGUAAGGAAAAAAGAAUUGCCAGAGAUAAAAGGAGGGUUGGCGCUGGUUAAGAGACCCUGGCUGGCUGUUGUUGCGUGUAGUGUCACUGGUGUAUCUGCGUGGACUCUGUUCUGGACUGACAUUACCAUUGAGGAGAGCUUGUCCAGCCCGAUCAUGAAGGAACUUAUUCAUGUACUUCGGAGUGAUACAGAAGUGAAGAUGAUUCUUGGCGAAGCGAUUAUGCCUGAAGGUCAAUGGUGGCAUAAAGGACGUCCUAGGGUUUACGGAUCUGUUGAUAUUCCACACGGGUAUGUUGAUAUCAGGUUUAGGGUCGAGGGAAGUAAUGGUUCGGGAACUGUGUAUUUCACUAGUAAGCGGAGGGAUGAGGCGCCACCAUUCGAUAUAGUAAGGUUCAAAGUCGUCGCUGAUGAUGGUACAGUAUGUAAGGUCGACAUGUCGAGUGGUCUAAACUCUCGACAGUGAAAAACUAG